AUCUCUCGGCCACAAUUGAAAACCCUAGACAUCUUCUUAUCUCUCGAUCUUGAUCGGUUGCACAGCUAUCAGCACUCUACAAACUGCAAGUUGGAGUGUGUGAAAAGUUAAAAAGGGUUUUUUAUGUCCGAGCAGGCUAUUCUCUACUUAGGGUGUAUCGGGUUGUUGGGAGAGUAUUGUCCUAUAUUCAGGGAGGAGACUCCUUUCUUCUCGAAACGAGUUGGCUGUAUGCAUCGAGUGCCAUUCCAGGAACAUACUGAAUUUUGUGGUUGCAGCUUGGCGCAACCUUCAGUCGCUACAGCUGAUCGUUCUUUUUGUUCCCAAGAAUCUAUUAUCGACACCCACUUUUUGGCCUCCACUGCUUCGCUCUUCUGAGGAUAUUCUCCAGGCUUUCUGUACUUGAACCAAUAAUGGCUUUGCAGAACAUUGGUGCUGGCAACAGCGAUGAUGCCUUUUACAGGUAUAAGAUGCCAAAGAUGAUUACGAAGAUCGAGGGCCGUGGAAAUGGUAUCAAGACAAAUAUAGUCAACAUGGUUGAUGUUGCCAAAGCUUUGGCUAGGCCGGCUUCUUACACUACGAAAUAUUUUGGCUGUGAGCUUGGAGCGCAAUCCAAGUUUGACGAAAAAACUGGGGUAUCACUUGUCAAUGGUGCUCACGAUACAGCAAAACUUGCUGGUCUUCUUGAGAUUUUCAUCAAGAAGUAUGUUCAGUGUUACGGCUGUGGCAACCCAGAGACGGAGAUAUUAAUUACCAAAACUCAGAUGGUUCAACUGAAGUGUGCUGCCUGUGGGUUUGUUUCUGAUGUGGACAUGAGAGACAAAUUGACAUCGUUUAUUCUGAAAAAUCCACCCGAACAGAAGAAAAACUCGAAAGACAAAAAGGCGAUGCGGAGGGCUGAGAAGGAGCGACUAAAGGAAGGUGAGGCAGCUGAUAAGGUACAGAAGAAGCUGACGAAAGAUGUGAAGAAGGGAUCUUCUUCUUCUAAAGAUGGCCAUGUGAAAACCACAUCUUCGAAAAAGAAAGGGAAUGCUUCAGAUGAGGAUCAUGUUUCUCCAACUGUGAGCCAGGCUGGUGACAAGGAUUCUGAGGAGGAGGAUGAUGUCCAGUGGCAGACUGACACGUCAGCAGAAGCGGCUCGCCAACGCAUCCAAGAACAGCUUAGUACUGUGACGGCUGAUAUGGUGAUGCUGGCCACUGAUGAGCCGGUGAAGAAGGUGGCCAAGCCAGAGGAGAAUUCUAAUGGUAAAAUGAGUGGCGGUAAGAAGCUUGUUGAUACAGCUAAAGAGAGUCUGAAAAAGGGCGUUGGGCCGAAGGAGCUUAUGGCAUUGCUGUCUGGUUCACGCCAGGAAAAUGUGUCCGCUCUUUAUGAGGCGUUACUGGAUGGUGUGGAGAAAGGGUUUGCGAAACACGUGCUUAAGAAGAAAAACUACUUGGCUGCUGUUGUGGUUGAGGGGGAGGAUUCACAAAUGCUGCUUUUGCGAGCAGUAGAGGAGUUUUGUGGGAAGGCAAACCCGAAUGCAGUGAAGGAAGUGCCGCUUGUUCUGAAAGCAUUGUAUGAUGUGGAUAUCUUGGAAGAGGAAUAUGUAGUUAAGUGGUAUGAGGAAGGAUGCAGUGGUGGGAAUAAGAGCUCUUUGAUCUGGAAGAAUGCAAAGCCGUUUGUGGAAUGGCUUCAGAGUGCGGAGUCUGAAACCGAAGAAGAAGAAGAUUAAGAGGUUCCGUUUCUAUCUUUUGUCUUUUAAUUAAGUCGUAGUUAUCAUAUAUGGGUAUGAUGUUUGUUUUGGUUCUGUUAUGGUUGUGUUGUGUUCUGUUCUGUGUGUACCAUGUGGUUUGUUAGCACUUGGUAUUAAACAAUAAAUCGUGUCUGUUUGUUAUUGUGGUGGUGUUGUUUUGAACCCAAGUUAUGCUGGGUCUGUUUGGAAUCGGUUCGAGUGAAUUACUUACCAAUUGCUUUUGAGUUCUUUUUAUAUGCGUCGAGUCUUUUUUUGUCAUAAA